UUACAGGCUGCAAUGAUGUCGGCAGAAAACGAAACUUAUGGAGCUAGUUGUGUGCUACCGGAUAGUGGUGAUGCUGCCGCUACUGCUCCUACUUCUGCGGCUGCUGACCAUCAGGGCAAUGAUGAUAACGCUUUCAAGAUGCCAAUGCCGCCAGGCAGUGCUGCCAAGCAUAAGCAUCCCAGCUACUGCCUCAAGGGCGAGGUGCCUGGCCACAAGAGCAGCGUUGCAUCGCUGAAAUUCAGCGCGAAUGGCGACUAUUUGGUGAGCGCCUCCGCGGACCGUUCGCUCAAAUUGUGGGACGUGCGAUCGUUCCAAUACAUGCAGACACUGGGAGGAACUUCGGAGGGACAUACGAAUGGCAUCAACGAGGUGGUGUGUUCGCUGGAUGGCAAACUCAUUGGCAGUGCCAGCGAUGACAAAACGUUGAAGCUCUGGGACCCGAAUAGCAAUAGUUGCGUCAAGACCUUGCAGGAACAUGAGAGCAAUGUGUUCUGCUGCUGCUUCAAUCCGCAGUCCAAUCUCAUUGCAUCGGCCAGUUUCGACGGUGCGGUGCACUUGUGGGAUCUGCGCACUGGCAAGCCCCUCAAGGCAGUGCGCGCACAUGGCGAUCCCACUACAUCUGUGGACUUUAACCGCAACGGCAGCCACUUCAUUACGAGCAGCCACGAUGGAUUCGUGCGAAUGUGGGAAACCGGCACUCUGCACCUCGUGAAGACGCUGAUAACUGACGACGACAACCCCGUGGUGGGCCACGCCAAGUACUCUCCCAAUGGCAAAUACAUACUCACAUCCAGCUUUGACAGCACCCACAAAUUAUGGAACUACGAAAAGUCCAAGGUACUGCGCCGAUACACUGGACACCACAACGAGUCCUACUGCCUGAAUGCCAACUUUUCCGUUACGUCCGGCAUGUGGAUUGUGUCGGGCAGCGAGGACAAAUCGCUGUGCAUUUGGAGUCUGCAAACCAGUGAGCUGGUCCAGAAGAUUAGCACAAACGGCGACUUGGUCAUCUGCACCGACUGCCAUCCAAAGGAGAACAUCAUUGCCACUGGUUCCCUGCUGAAGCCCUUCACCAUCAAAGCAUGGAAGACCUGUGAUUAGCCAGUUGCAGUAGGAAACUUUAAACACUUUGCUGGCGCUAAGCGCCAUGCCAAUCCGUACAAAUUGAGCAAAUAAACCGAUUAAAAUUGA